CAAGUCAACUUUUCCAAAUUCCCGUGUUCUUCUUCUGGCUUCCGGUUUUUGACCCGCAUCAUGGCAACUCACGCCUUCAACGACAUCGAGGCUUUCCACAGGGUCCUCGUCAGGAGCAGGCGCAUCCUCGCACUCUGUGGCGCCGGCCUGUCGGCAGCGUCUGGCCUCCCAACCUUUCGCGGCGCCGGCGGCCUGUGGAGGAACCACGAGGCCACCAGACUAGCCACCCCGGAGGCCUUCCAGGCGGAUCCAGGCCUAGUCUGGCUCUUCUACGCCUACAGGCGCCACAUGGCCCUGAAGGCGAGGCCCAACGCCGGCCACUACGCGCUGGCCGCCCUGGCGAGGAAGCACAGCGGCUUCCUCUGCCUGACGCAGAACGUCGACGGGCUCUCCCAGCGCGCCAACCACCCGCCCGACCGGCUAUGGGCCCUGCACGGCUCGCUCUUCGACGUCAAGUGCUCCAACGGGCGAUGCGGCUGGGUCGAGCGCGGCAACUACGCCGACCCGUUCUGCCCGGCCCUGGCGGCGGCGGCCGAAGACCCGGUGGACCCGGACGGGCCCUUGCCGCUGCUGGACCCGGCGCACGAGCUGGCGCGCAUCCCGGCGUCGGAGCUGCCGCCGUGUCCGCGGUGCGGGACGGGCCUGCAGCGGCCCGGGGUGGUGUGGUUCGGCGAGGCGCUGGACGGCGAGAUGCUGGCGGGCGUGGGCGCGUGGAUCGAGGCGGACGAGGUCGACCUCGUGCUGGUGGUCGGCACCAGCGCCGUCGUGCACCCGGCCGCGUCGUACGUGGGACUCGCGCAGGGGGAGCGCACGUGCGUCGCGACGGUCAACCUCGACGCGGAGCUGCCCGAGAACCUCGGGGAGUUGGACCCGCUCGACUUUGCGUUCGCGGGGGACGCGGCGGAGCUGCUGCCGCGGCUGCUGGAGCCGGUUAUUGGGAGGAUGAGGGGCGAUGGGACGUUUGAGGAGUGAAGGGUGGCCGAGCUGUUUUGAGCUAUGUCAGAGAGUACUCCGUUAAUCAAAGGCAGACUUUUGAUCGUUCCACGACCAUAUAUCAAUGGAAGCUGUACUUGACAGCUCACGAAGCGAAGUGAUCGACGCCAGCCACACUCUUGGAGCUUAUGCGACUUGCAAUGAUUGACAUUACAGCCGGUCGAUCCCUGUGCGGAACCAUUUCUGGGGAAA